AUGCGCUCUUCUACUGCGGCCGUCCUCCUUCUUGCUCUCUUGCUCAGCGCCAACGCCGAAGCCGGCCAAUGGCAACAUUCACAAAACCGAAAGCUAUCCAAGAAGUCUUCCAAGAAGUCGGCAACCGUUGCCAUGGCCUCUGCACCUGUCGCCGCACCUGUCGCCGCUCCUGUCAUGGCGACUCCAGCCAGCGCGUCCAGCAUAUCCAGCGCCAGUAGUGACGAUACCCCAGCUGCUGCACCUGUCGCCGUUGUACCAGUUGCAGUUAUGCCAGUGGCUGCCACCAGUUACGGUGGUACGCCAGUCUCUCAACCUGUCGCAAUGCCCGUUGCAGAAAUCACCUUGGCUACUGUCCCUGUCGCUCCAGUAGUCACAGCAGGCGCUGCAGCCGCAGAUGAUGAUGACGAUCUUUGGGACGACGAUGCCGAUGAUGAUCUUUGGGAUGACGAUCUUUGGGAUGAUGAUCUUUGGGACGAUGACGACUCUGAUGAUGAUGACGCCUAA